AUGCCGCGCGGAUACACCCAGUUAUACAAACUGUGUCCCCGCUCCUUUCUCUUCGCCAUCGUCGCCAAUGUCGGCCCCGAUGGCGCUAGCCGCUCCCUGGCCGUUGCCUACCGUCAGGGUAACGACGCCAACUCAGCAUCAUUUCCGUCGCGCGUGAGCCACUUCGUGGCAGACACCCUUGCACUGAUCGAGAUCCUUUCAGAUCCCGCGAACCGCGCGCCGCUCGAGGCAGAGAGGUCCCUCGCUGAAGGCUGGUAUCGUGACGAAGUCGAAUGUAGUGAUCGGCCGAGCGUUCCGGACAGGCCGCAGCCGCCUUUCCUCGUGCCCGAGGGCUACUCUUGGGCUAGGCAGAUGCAUCCACAGCCUCAGCUGCCGUGGGAUGGUGAUGCCUCCCGCGAGUUUCCCUUUAUAACAACAUGCCUUUUGUUGGGGUUGUUGCGCGACAAUAGGGACGGCAAUGCCAAAACCAUGAGAGACAACCGCUCGCGCCUGAGCGACGUUCAGCUGCAGCCACUAUCCACUGUAUUCCGAGGCGACUGCAUUGAGUAUGGACUUAUCGUUCUCGAUAUUUCCGACCUCCAUAGCGGGAUCAAGUACGGUAUUACUGCCUUCCCGGUCUGCUAUAUGGCCGAGGUUCACUACCGCGACUGCUUAGGCCACUGGGAUCCCGUCGAAGACCCCCCACCGGCGAAGGAGCCUGAUGUUGUACCCGGCCAACGACCUCGAGAGUUGUUGUCCAUUCAUCAGUGGCGAAGCAGGUACUUCUUCGACAGAUUUAUGGGCGAUGGCCCCAGUAUCCGCCGCCUGGAUGGAAUGCCACUUGCUGGCUCAGCAGCAUUGGAUUUCUUGUGGCCGAACAUAUACGGCGACCCGCCGAAAGACUGGUCUACGGAUAGCGAAGAAGAUUAUGACAGCACAGGAUCAUUGAGUGCUACCAUCCUAGAGGAGCCGCCGCAAAAGUUUUCAGACGAGAUAGCCAGCGGCAUUGAUGAUCUGCUGGAUCUCACACAGGAGCCUGCAGAGCGUUCACUCGAGGAAACAGUGAUUCAUCGAAUCCAAAACCUGGCUGAGCAUCGAGAGCAGCUGCGGCAACGGCUCGAGGAGGCGUCAGAUAGGCUGGGCCCCUCUAAGAUCUCAAGCCAUCUUUUGCGUGUUGCGUACGCCGGACACAGUCACCUCAACUGGGUCGCGUUUCAGAAGCUCACACUUGGUGCGAUCGCUGCUGCCAUCACGUCUGAAGAACUCCGUGACGCGUCUGCGCUCAGUCUCCGCAUCGAUCAGUUUAUGCUGGCGAGAGACGAGAAAGAAGGAGGCCUCGAUGAUCUCGUAGCGGCCUUGGCCCAGUCCACAGCCCUCAAACAGCUAUGUUUCUUGCAGCGGCCUGACCGGAAAAGCGUUGACGCCUCCGAUCGUUUCUGCUCGCGGCUAGCUGAGAGGCUAUCCGGAGGAGAUUUGGAAUGGCUUCGUUCCAGGACCAUGUAA